CUUAGCCGAAGCUGUAGAACUCUCGCAUCGCUCCCUCUUCGCCAUAAAAAAUCUUUAAAAACUUUAAAGUUAAAACUGAAAUACCAAAGCUAAAACUAAAUCUAAAUUAGCUUGUAAGUAAUUUGUUUCUUGAAAGUUAGGGGAGAGAAAUGUUGUCGACACCGUACGAGUCCGAAGCGACGGAGCAGCACGACGAUACCUCCGCAUCAACCAUGAAAUUCGGGACUCCCGAGGCAGUCGACUACGUCCGAUCCCUCACCGACGUGGGGGCCAUGACGCGCCUCCUUCACGAGUGCAUCGCCUACCAACGCGCCCUCGAUGUGGACCUAGACACCCUCCUCUCCCAGCGCACCGACCUCGACAAGAGCCUAAACAACCUCCAAAGAUCUGCCGACGUUCUCGACAUUGUCAAGGCUGAAUCUGACCACAUGCUCUCUAACGUUACCUCCACCUGCCAUCUCGCUGACCAAGUCAGCCGCAAGGUCCGCGAGCUCGACCUCGCUCAGUCACGCGUCAACUCCACGCUCCUCCGCAUCGAUGCCAUUGUGGAGAGAGGGAAUUGCAUCGACGGCGUCAAAAGCGCUCUCGACGCUGAGGACUACGAGUCAGCCACGAACUACGUAAGGACAUUUUUGGAGAUCGAUAAUAAGUUUAAGGAUUCCGGAUCAGACCAUAGGGAACAGUUGUUAGCCUCAAAGAAGCAACUGGAAGGGAUUGUAAAGAAAAAAUUAAUGGCAGCCGUGGAUCAGAGGGAUCAUGCUACAAUCCUGAGAUUCAUUAAGCUGUAUUCUCCUUUGGGUCUUGAGGAAGAAGGGUUGCAAGUUUAUGUUGGGUAUUUGAAGAAAGUGAUCGGGAUGAGAUCAAGGCUAGAGUAUGAGAAUUUGGUUGAGUUGAUGGAACAAAGUAAUGGGCAAAAUCAGAAUAACCAGGUAAAUUUUGUUGGGUGUUUGACUAAUUUGUUUAAAGAUAUAGUUUUAGCUGUUGAGGAAAAUGAUGAGAUUUUACGGACUCUUUGCGGAGAAGACGGAGUGGUGUAUGCCAUUUUUGAGCUACAAGAGGAAUGUGAUUCAAGGGGUUCUUUAAUCUUGAAAAAAUAUAUGGAAUUUAGGAAAUUGGCUAAAUUGUCUUCUGAAAUCAAUUCUCAAAAUAAGAAUUUGUUAACUGUUGGAGCACCUGAAGGACCAAACCCAAGAGAGAUUGAGUUGUAUUUAGAAGAAAUAUUGUCAUUGAUGCAACUUGGUGAAGAUUACACCCAAUACAUGGUUUCAAAGAUCAAGGGGAUGACAACAGUUGAUCCGGAUUUAGUCCCACGGGCUACAAAAGCUUUUAGGACAGGAAGUUUUAGCAAAGUUGCUCAAGAUAUUACUGGCUUUUAUGUGAUUUUAGAGGGGUUCUUUAUGGUGGAAAACGUGAGGAAAGCCAUAGGGAUCGAUGAGCUUGUACCUGAUAGCCUUACUACUUCAAUGGUGGACGAUGUGUUUUAUGUUUUGCAAAGUUGCUUGAGAAGGGCUAUUUCUACUUCGAAUAUUAGCUCUGUAGUUGCAGUACUGAGUGGUGCCAGUAGUUUGCUGAAUAAUGAAUACUAUGAAGCCUUGCAACUGAAAGUAAGAGAACCGAAUCUUGGGCCAAAGUUGUUCUUGGGUGGUGUUGGUGUUCAAAAGACUGGGACGGAGAUUGCUACAGCCCUGAAUAAUAUAGAUCUGAGCAGUGAGUAUGUCCUGAAACUAAAACACGAAAUUGAAGAGCAGUGUGCGGAGGUCUUUCCUGCACCAACUGAAAGGGAAAAGGUAAAAUCUUGUUUGUCCGAGUUGGCUGACUUGAGCAACACUUUCAAGCAAGCCCAGAAUGCUGGUAUGGAGCAACUAGCGGCAACUGUGACACCUCAAAUCCGUCCAGUACUAGACAGUGUAGCAACCAUCAGCUAUGAACUAUCAGAGUCUGAAUAUGCCGAGAACGAGGUGAAUGAUCCUUGGGUACAGAGACUUCUUCAUGCUUUUGAAAUCAAUGUGGCUUGGCUCCAACCCCUAAUGACUACUAACAACUACGAUUCAUUUGUACAUUUGGUAAUCGACUUCAUUGUGAAGAGGUUGGAAGUGAUUAUGAUGCAGAAACGGUUUAGUCAACUCGGUGGCCUUCAGCUUGACAGAGAUACCCGAGCGUUGGUAAGCCAUUUUUCUGGGAUGACGCAGAGGACCGUGAGAGACAAAUUUGCUCGUCUUACACAGAUGGCAACCAUACUCAACUUGGAAAAGGUGUCGGAGAUUCUGGAUUUCUGGGGCGAAAACUCAGGGCCUAUGACCUGGAGACUGACACCUGCUGAGGUUAGGAGAGUUCUGAGUUUAAGGGUUGAUUUCAAACCUGAAGCUAUUGCUGCUUUGAAAUUGUAAUCCAUGUAUCUCUCUUAUCGUAGUAUAAUCCAUUUUAGUAUUAUUUUUGUUUUACAAAAAUUCUAUUUUUGGUAUUUAUACAUCAUACUACGUUUCUAUUAA